AUGCCCUUUGUUCCUCGCACAACAUCAGGCUUCGAGUCCGUCGACGGGCACCACGCUUCUCGACGAGAACUACUGCUGGCCAAAUACUUCCGUUACAAGUUAGUUGAAAAGGAAAGCAUGCAGUCAGCAUUGGAAACCAUUUUCAGCGCCAGUCUCGCACCAACCGAGCACCUGCUGCUGAAGCAUUUUGUCGAGGGCGCAGUGCAUCCAGACAAGGCAGCUGGCUAUCUUUUAUCCAGAGUCAAAGAAUCCAACAGCCAGGUGGAGCAAGCACUUCGCGAACUGAAACAGGAUUGGAGGAAUCUUGUAUCUCUAGUUACCAUCCAUGAAGAUGCAUCUGUCGUCGAGGACAACUAA